UUCAUCUUCGACAAAGUGGACUUGCAAGCUCCCGAGAAGGAGUUCUCGAUGGUCUUGAACUUUGACAAAGACUCCGAGGAACUGCUCAAGGAUUUGAACCUCGCUAACGAUCUACCCAAGUUCGUAAGAAUCACCCGAGAAAGGAUCCAGGCUGCUUCGAUCAACGGGACUCUUCCUGUAAGCACAACCGUUUGUCCAGAUGCUUCCCCUCUACCAAUCUCAUCUCCGCCGAUGAUGCCGGUUGAUUCUAGUAGCAGAAAUGAUGCUGGUAAAAGCCACUCCCAAAGUAAGAACAAGAAGAAGACUCUUCCUGCUAAGAGAAGAGCUUCUGCCUUGCCGGCAGCAUCUCCUGGCUCUGUGCAUCGCUCCCCACGUUUUCAGGGAAACAUGCGAGUCCUCAGAGGAAGCAGACCCUGACCCUGGAACACUAAGCCCUGACUGAUGACUGCGUCUCCUGCUUUUGCUGCCAUGUGUAAACAUGAUCAUAUAUUGUCCAGUCCCCUUUAACUAACGCAAAUG